AUGACUAUCAUGUCCCCUACUUCGACUCAAAACAUACAAUCACCCUCGCCCCUUUUCACUCCUACCAUGACCCCCCAGACGGCUCAUAUCAGGCGCAUACGCCCGAGCCAUGUCCAGACCAACCUUCCCUCCAACUCACAACACCAACAACAACAGCCUACCAUACCAGCUUCGGCCAUCAGCGCCUCCUCGGUAGCCUCGAGCUCACAACAGGGCUCCCCCAUCAUGUCUCCCGAGGCCGUCAUAAUGACGACAAACAGCUCGGUCCAGGCGUCUCCCGAGCACCGGGGACGUGGGCUCAUCGACGAACAGUUCCCGACAGGCUCCUUCCAGCUGCCAGAGCCAGUCAUCUCACGGAAAACGAGCAACAACUCGCUAGGUCAGACCCUUGUGGGCAGUCCCAGCGCCAUGUCAGAGGCCGUGAGCAAAAGCGGCAACCUCAUGAGGCGUUUGUCUAAUAAGACAAAGGCCUGGAAGAACCGCCGCAGGACAUCCUCCGCUGCCCCCAAUAGUCGUGAUGGCAGCGUGGGCCCCGGUAUUCUUCGCAGGAGGAGUGACAGCAACACCACGGCCCCGCCCGACUUUGCCGCCUAUAGCGACUCGGACGACGAAUUCGUUGAUGAGACCGAUGAUCUCCGGUCGUUGAUUGGCGGUCUUGACGGGGCUCUCCGAGAAUCAUCCUCGAAUAGCACGACGGCUUCCGUCGCCGGCUCCACCUCCCCUUCCAACACAACCGCCGGUCCCGUCAUACCCUUUCAGCUGCUCAAGGGCACCUGGAUCAGGAAGGUCUCGAAGAAGAACGGGAAAAAGCGCUUCAUUCUGGUUCUUGAACCGGACGCUGCCAAGAUCUCGUGGGACAAGAGCAGGCCCCACAAGUGUCUAUACAUCGAUGACAUCAAGGAGAUCAGGACGGGCUCCGACAUCCGACAGUACCGCAUCGACUACGGCGUACCCGAGACCGAAGAGUCUCGGUGGUUUUCCAUCAUGUACUCGGUGCCCGACAAGUCCAAGACCAAGAUGAUGCACCUCGUGGCCGACGACUCCAGCACUUUCUACAACUGGGUCACAACGCUCGAGGCCAUUUCCAAACACCGACAAGACCUGAUGGCGUCCUUGAUGGCGUUUAACGACAGGGCAAUCCGCGACUACUGGCUUAAUGAGAUGACCAAGCAGGGUGGUGAGAAGCCGCUCUCUCUCGACGACGGUGACAUUGACUUUGAAGGUGUACAACGUGUCUGCCGGAAUCUCCACAUCCAUGCGUCUCCCAGUCAGUUGCGCGCCAAAUUCCAUGCGGCCGAUGUCACCAACACGGGUCGUCUGAACUUCUACGAGUUCCAGACGUUUGUCGGUUACAUGAAACGGCGUGACGACAUCCGCCAGAUCUACCACCGGAUUGCAGCGAACCCAGAGACGGGCCUCACCAUCAAGGAGUUUCUGGACUUCUUGCGCGAUGUCCAAGGGGAGAACGUCGAUGCCGAUUUGGCCGCUUGGGAGGCCCUCUACACCAAGUUCGCCCGCAAGUUCAAAUCCAGAGAUGUGGACGCGGCUCAGUUCGACGGUCCGAAGAUGGGCGACGCGGCUUUUGCGGCGUUCCUGACCUCGACUUACAACCUGCCCGUGCAUAAGGAGCCCAAGGAGUAUACCCUCGACCGGCCGUUGAACGAGUACUUUGUUUCCAGCUCCCAUAACACGUAUCUAAUGGGCCGGCAGGUCGCUGGUCUCUCUAGCGUUGAGGGCUACAUCUCGGCGCUCGCGCGUGGUUGUCGCUGUGUCGAGGUUGAUUGCUGGGAUGGCCCUGAUGGCCAGCCCACCGUCAACCAUGGCCGGACUCUCACCACCUCCAUCAGCUUCCAGGAGACCAUGACGACGAUAAACAAAUACGCCUUCGUCAAGACCAAGUACCCCCUUUGGAUCUCGCUCGAGGUUCACUGCAACCCCCAGCAGCAGGGCGAGAUGGCUCGCAUCAUCAAGGAGACUUUUGGCGCCCGUCUCGUCACCGAGCCGCUCGACUCAUCCGACAGGCUCCCCUCCCCUGAGCAGCUCAAGGAACGGGUCCUCAUCAAGGUCAAGCGCCCCCAGCCCGCCCCGGAGCCCAAGCCAGCGGAGACGGCCGGUCGCCGCCGAGGCAACAGCCUAACCUCGCCGUAUCCAAAGCCCGUCCAGCUCGACAACAGCAUCAUACCCCCUCAGUCACUGCCACAGAGCCCCAUUCUCAGCCCCAGCCUCUCGUCACGCAGACUCGUGAGCAAGAGCCGUGUCAACACCAUCACCGAGGGCGAGGUGCAGGACGCCCUGAGCAGCAGCACGAGCGACAACGACAGCGCAGGCGAGCGGGUUCCCCCCCGACGCUCGUCGAACAAGACGGUCAAAGUUCUGGGAGACUUGGGUGUGUAUUGCGCCGGGGUCAAAUUUGGCGGGUUCGACGCCCCCGACGCCAAGGCUUACAACCACAUCUUUUCAUUCAUGGAGUCGAGCUUUACGAGGAACAGCAAGUCCAAGGAGGAGCGGAGGGCCAUCGAACGCCACAACAUGCGUUACCUCAUGCGUGUCUACCCCGACCGCACUCGGAUCACCUCGAACAACUUCAACCCCGUCACAUACUGGCGCAAGGGUGUACAGAUGGCCGCUCUUAACUGGCAGACGUUCGAUCUCGGCAUGCAACUCAACCAAGCCAUGUACGAGAGCGGCUCUGACCGGUCGGGGUAUGUUCUCAAGCCCAGCGAACUCCGCGAGAUCAAGGUGAUGCCCCAGGAAUGGUCAGGUUUCAGGGAACGCCAGGAGGUCACCUUUAGCAUCGACGUCAUCUCGGCUCAGCAGCUGAUGCGACCCAACGGCAUGCCCAACAACAAGACGGUCGACCCCUACGUCGAGGUCGAGGUUUUUCACUCCAGUGACAAGAGGGAUAAGCGGGACGUGGACCCCACCGAGGCACCCUCCACAGAUUCGCCCCUCAAAUUCCGGACCCGCGUCAUCCCGGAAAACGGCUUCAACCCGAUUUUCGAUGGCAAAUUCACCUUCAAAGUGACCACCAAGUUCCCCGAGCUCAUCUUCGUUCGCUGGUCGGUCAAGCUUUCCCACAACGGCGAGAGCUAUAAUGACCGCCCACCCGUUGCUACGCAUACCGCCAAGCUCAACGGCCUCAAGCGCGGCUAUCGCACCCUCCCCCUUUUCGACCACAACGGCGAGCAAUACCUCUUCUCGACCCUCUUCUGCCGUGUCAACAUCGACUCUGUUCAGACCGUCUUGAUCAAGCACUCUGAAGAGUCGGACACAAUCAGCGCUGCCAAGCCCCGUGGGGUCGGGCGCGUCUUCAACACAUUCGGCACGCGCUCCAACAAUAUUAGCCCGAAGUCCAGCAUGGACAAAUCGGGUUACGAAGGCUAG